AUGCUUACUGGGCUACUAAGGAAUGCAGCUACCUUGCGGAAGACGAAGAUGACGUCUGCCGAGCUUCGGAUGUCGGCGCGCAUGAAGUCCAUGGCGCCAGAGAAGGCCACCCUCUCGAACAUGGAGAAGUCGGUCCUGAACGUGGCAAGGCUCCAGUCCCAAGGCACCUCUGCCUCCACGAACCUGACCGCUUUCUUGAAGGAGAUCCAGCGGCUCAUCGACUCCAGCAUGAAGCAGAACAUCCUGCAGCGCAUGAACCAGACCCAGAUGGAUCUCGAUGAGGCGUGGCAGAACCUGAGUACCUGUAUUCAGCCCAAUGACACCCACUACGUCGAAGAGCUGGCAGACCUGGAUGCCCAGCAUAUUCAGUGCCGGCAGUCGGAAGCCGACCUGUACGCAGACUUCCAGACCACGUGCGUCGUCGGUUGGAAGAUCUAUGCAGAGCGGAUCCAAGCAAUCUGCAACAACUAUGUGCAGGCCCAGACACUCCCGGACCCAACGAGUACCUGUGUCAUGCAGUUGGGCACGCCAGUUCCAACGAUUGGCAACUACCUGAAAGGCAUGGCUGCUCACUUCAAGGGUGAGUACCAGGCAGUGGUGGAAAAGCGGCUGAAAUGCCAAAAUGCCUCAACAACACCCUUCAAGAACAUGGAGCUUUGCAAGCAGUUGAUGUGCCACUACUGGGACAGAAGGCUUGAGUGCUCAACGCAGCAGGCAGCAUUCGAGCAGCGAUCCUGUGAGGUACACAAGACAUUUACUUGUAGCAAGUUCUCGAAGUGCUAUGCGGAGAAGGCGGACAUCUACCAGGACAUCCAAAGCAUGGGAAAGCAGACAGAAGUGGCCGCGAAGGCAGAGUGGAGGAUCGUGAAGCGGAUCGAAUGCUACAUUGCUGCCUUGGGCAAGCCGAAAGACGAGCUGUCGGCAUCCAUCGACGCCUGCAAAGGAACAAUCUUCUCCACUGACCCGGUUGAGCUUGUCUACAAGGGCCCUGCUCCCGCCGCGCGGCCAUGCACGGAUGUGUUCUUGCAGCCAGGGUCUCCCAUUUUCUCCACCUCCUGGCACAAAGGCAGUGCCACCUUCGUGUGGUCCACGAGGCUGUCCGAAGCCCCUCGUCGAACUCCCGGAAUGCUGUGGGUCCAGGAAGCUGAGGGCAAGAUCGAAGCGAUUCUCCGACUGCCGAUUUCCCGACUCGCCAUGGACACUCAGAGCCUGGAGAUCGCCGCGCUCAACGAAGGAGGCAAAGUCAUCGCCCGGCAUGCGUUCCAGCUGCAUCACCUCAUCAAAGCGCCCAUGCAUACCAUAGCCUUCGAACCGUGCAACUUGCGGCUGGAGGAUCAGAGUGACCAAUCCAUCUCAGCAGAGGUACAGGUGCGCCUCAUGGGCCUCCACAAGAUCAAGCACCAGGAUGCCGUGAAGCGCCUGGCGAUCGAGAGCACAGAGGAGGAAGAGUCUGCCGAGUCUGCGGACGAAGAAGGAGAGGCGAGCAUCUCGCUCGUCGCGCGCUCGUUUACGUUGCAUUGGGUGAACUCCAUCUAUGGCAAGCUGCACCCGAAGAUAUCGAUCAUCAUCGCGCGGAUGAUGGAAGACCGCUUUGGCCUGAUUACACAGAUGUUGCAGGCCAAGAUGCCAGGCCCUCUGAAGGACAUUCAUUUCAAGUAUUUCCGCUUGGGUGAUACCCCGCCGUCUCUCGGGCCAAUCACAGUCGCAGAAACCCUUCGCGGCCACCGAAGCGCAGGCAUAGAGAUGCAGGUGGGCUUUCACCUGGACACCAAUGCCCACAUGGAGCUGAACGUGCACGGUGCCAAUUUGGGCAUCGACCGGAUCCGGGUCCAGGGUGAACUGCUUGUUCGCCUGGGCCCCUUACUGGAGGAGGUGCCCGUUCUUGGUGGUAUGGUGGCAUGCUUCUUGAACCCUCCCGACCUUCAGUUGCAGUACUGCGGAGUUGCGCACUGUGUGGAGAGCACUCUGCUGGCGAACCGAUUCCAGAAGAUGAUUGACACAGCCUUGGCAAGCGCCCUGGUUCUUCCACACGUGUUUUCCCUGCCCAUCGGCACAGAGUCGCAGAACGUGGACCGAGCACUUCUGGCGCACCCCAAGCCCAUAGGCGUCCUGCGCGUCACCGCCGUGCGGGCCUGGAACCUCCUGGAGGGUUGGCCCUUGAAACGUUCUAGAAGCCCCUACCUGAGUUUGGCCCUGGCGGGUGCAGAAUGGCAGACCUCAGCCGUAUUCUCGAGCGUGAACCCCGAGUGGGAUGAGACCCAUGACUUCCUUGUCUAUGACAAGCGCCAAACGCUGGCCAUCGAAGUCGUUGACACAAACUCGCUUUUUCUGCGCACUGUCAUUGGGUACGCCGAUCCCAUCAUGGUCACUGAAACAGAGGCGCACUCGGACAGGCCCAUCGCGCUGUUCGACUGCUUGGAGAACCCAAACACUCCCAAGGCGGCAUCUCACCGUCACGCCGCUGGAAACGUGGAGCUACGGCUCGAGUGGCUGAACUUUGUGAGGCACGGACGCAAGGGUCCAGACGGUUGCUGCGUGCUGCGAGUGAAGUUUGAUGAAGUGGAAGUUCCUACCCAGCUCCUCAAUCUGCGGAGCACCAGCGAGCUGGACCCCCUUCGAGUUCGCAUGCGCGCCACUGUCGGAAAGGUCAAAGAUUCGACGCCCGAGGUGGCAUGGUUUUGGAAACCAGACCAUCCUGGUCAACAGGAGCCCAAAACUAUUGAGCUGGACAUCGAGAAUGUGCUCUACAUGCUCAUUCACAAAACUGAUCUGGAGCAGAGUUCUCAAGCUUCAGUGAUACCAUAG